AUUUGUGAAAAUGUGGUUGAAAUCGGUAAGGAAGUGUCUAGCAUUGACGAAGGCUACGACUAUGCUGUCGCUAUCGUUGAUCGCGAGACUGGAACAACAACAUACCGUCCAGUUCGUUUGUACAACUUCCAGGCGACCUACUCCUCAGACAUUCCGCAACUAAUUGGAGAGAAGUUCGUUGGUUCACCAGUCCGGAGAAGUGCUCCCGUGGACUAUAGCGCGUCCUACGAUAUCAAGACUGAGGAAUGGGCAAAGAAACGCAUGGAUUUGACUGCUGAUUUCGGUUCUUCGAAGAAGAUGAAGAUUCAGGAGGCGUCCAUCCGAAGACAGAUUAACACAGAGACCCUGGAUGCUAUGCGUAAGACAGCUUUUGCGUCAACAAGUGUUCUUGCGGAUACUGAAGACAUCAAGCAGGAACAGAUUAGCUUGGUGGCCAAGGCAGAGUCGGCUAUUCUUCCUCACGCUCAGCCUGCAGAGCUGCCACGUAACAUUUAUCCCAUUUCAACGUUUAUAACUGCGGAAGAGCAGGAGCUGUUGAGUGCUUCUGCAGUCGAGUUCCUCUCUUCGUCAAAAAAAGAACUUCUUGAAAAAGGCUGUCCCGAAGUGGUUGUGAAGAUGCUACCCAGCUCAGUGACUAGUGACGCUCCAAGGGCGUUGCAUUUACGUUUUGGCGUUGCGAUGAGCCACAUGGGCUGCUUAUUCGCACAGAGAUCUGUUCUGAAAACCGAAUUCGACAAAACUCCUUUCCCGUCAGAGUUUGUUCAGAAAAUCAUGGCAGAUUUUAUAAGUGCGCAGUGGGAUAGAGGACCUAAUGGCCGCACGGCAGCUCGACUAGCUGUGUCUACGGAUGAGAAAGACAAGCUAAUAGCCCAUUUGCUGGCACUUGGUCUCACUCUCAGUUCCUGCUGCUCUCUACCUGUUACUCCAUGGCAAAAUGCCUUGAAAGCGAUAUUCGUCGGUCUCGGCUGCAAUAUUGUGCAAUGUACUGUGGAGGAGGCCGCGAGGACAGAAUCACUUCGUGCUGCUCGUCUUCUUCGACCACCUUCUAAGGAUGGACCCACUAUGAGAAGAAGGCGUAAAUAG